UUUAACUCCAGGAAAUUGACUAAAGGAGGCGGGGAAGAGUUUUACCCCGAGCUGGGCUGGGUUGCUGGGCUGGCGGCUCCGGGGGCCCGGGAUGCGGAGGAGCGUGGCAUCCCACUCAGUCUGGAAGGCUGGCGAAGAGGAAUGACGCCCAUCCCCACCUGGCAUCAGGGUGGCGGCUGCAGCAGCUCAGAGACCUAUGAUUUCACAAGAUCUUCUGAGGAACCUCUACUUAGGCAGAUGAUGAAAAUGAACUGGAUGUAGACAGCCAAGGAAAUUCCACCUCUUCUCUUUAUGGGUCCCCUCAGCAAGACCAUCAGCAGGACAUGGCUGAGGAUGGACUUAGCAGAGACACCAGGGAUUUCCUAGAAUCGCAGAGAAUUGAAUGCCGUAGUAAAGGCUGCCUACAGCGUGUGUAUAAGCGCCGUUUCAGCUCUGACUACAGCAUCAGCCCCACAAAUCUGGAAGAGGCUCAGCGUGAAUCUGAAGGGUCGCAUUAUGGCCAAGAGGAGGACAGGGUCUCAGGCCAAUAUGACUUUAUCCUGUACCCCACCAACGUCCCCACUGAGCAUAACCCGAGACCAGGUUCUGUGGGAUCAACAGACAGCAUUUCUGAGAGUAUUGGUCAGUCUGGUGACAGCUUGAACUACCCCAUCAAUGCCCCCACUGGGCAUAACCUGAGACCAGAUUCUGUGGGAUCAGCAGACAGCAUUCCUGAGAGUGUCGGUCAGUUUGGUGACAGCUCAGAGUACCCCUCAGAAUCAGAGGCAGCUUCAUCUUUAGGUGAUGGCCACCCAAGAAUUACUCCAACUGAAUCCUUUCGGAGUCACUUCCUAAGCUGUUUGUCCCCAGAGGGACUGCAACAUACCCCAAGUGCUAAUGGCAAAAUGAACUCUGAUUCUUCUUAUGAAGAGAAGCCCGGUAGCCUUAUGGGAGCUGUCAACCACACGGGGUGUGCAAUCUCUCAGGACUUGUCCAAUUCUAAAGCCCAGAUGCCCCAUAGUCCUGGCUAUAAAUUUGGGAGGGAGGAGUCCAAUUCUCCUUUUCGAUGGGGAGGAACCCAGCCCUUGGACCAAAUUCAGAAGUCCAAGAAGGCGUCCCCUGCAGCGCUUCGUUCACAAUUCAGUGGUUCGUUCUGCCCCUUCAGUCCCCCAAAGAGUAACACCCCAAAGAGGCUGAACCAAUCCAGGGCUCCCAAGAAAGGGGUCAAUGUGCCUUCUCACUCGUCCUCUGAAGUCUCCAAGUAUGGCCGGGGGCAGCUGAACUACCCAUUGCCUGAUUUCUCCAAGGUGGAGCCCAGAGUACGGUUUCCUAAAGCUGAAGAGACCUACCGCCCUCCCAAGGGAAAGAACCACUCCAGGCAGUUCCAAGGUCCCACGAGACCUCUGGUCUUCAAGUCCCCUGCUGAGAUCGUUCGGGAGGUGCUGCUCAGCAGUGGGGACAACUCCCCUCAGAAAGCUUCUCUUCCUUCCUACACUGUGGCCAGAGUGCCCAAGGAAUUCAAGACACCUCAGCAGGCAACAGAGCUAGUGCAGCAGUUGCAGGAGGACUACCACAGACUGCUCACCAAAUAUGCAGAGGCUGAGAACACCAUUGACCAGCUGCGGCUAGGAGCCAAGAUAAACUUGUACUCUGACCCACCCAAGCCCAGCCAUGGUGUUCAUAUGGGAUCCAUGCCUCAUGGGACCAAGGUCAUGUCCUUCACCAUUCCUCAGGCUAGGAUGGCAGAAUGGCAGUCAACCACUGGAUCACAGGCUUUGUUGGACUCAGAACUAUCAGCAACUCGAGGUGAUCUGAAUCCAUCCCCAGCUGUCGCAUACCCUGGCCCACUGACAGAAGGCAGUGGCACCUCCACGCUAGGGCCGUCCCUGGGAGAUCGUCUGACCCAGACACUGGCCAACGAGGUGGUCAGGUUCCUAGCACAGGUGGAAUCUUUUGAAGGACUGGUCCAAGAAGGAACGUUGCCACCUCAGGAUCAGCUCAAGCGGUUUUGGAGGCUGAAGGAAGAACAGGAUGCUUUAGAGAAAUCCUUUCUCUGGGCACGAGGAGAGCACAGACGUGUGCAACAGCUCCAGGCAUCUGAGGUGCCUCCUGGUAAAUUUGAUCCUAACAGGGAAGUGGAAGGAGAGAUAUUUCGGCUAGGAAUGCGCCUCGAGGAGCUGAUGGAUGAGAUAGAUGACUUAAGACCUGACCAGCUGUCUCUGAGGACCCCUCCAGAAGAAAAGUCCCGCGGCAGCUCAGCAGCUUCACCUGUAUCAGACCUGCCAACUCUGUCUCCUGCUCUAUCAGCUCACGCCCCUAUGCCUGCUGUCUGCACCCCCUACCCUGAGACCCCAGCUCUCCAGAACGGCCACACUUUUCUGUCUGGAGAGCAUACAGAAGUGAGCUCUGCCAGCAGCGAGGUAGAAAAUGAGAGCCCCGUAUUGCCCCAGCCACUUCAGUACAAGCAGCUCCAAAUGGAGCAGGAUUUCCAGAGCCUUAUGGCCCGAUGCCACAGUAUCAAGUUGUUCCCUGAUGCUGUCAAGUUGGAAGAAGACCAAGAAGAGAAGAAUUCCACCCAGGAAGUUGAUGGGCCAAUUGCUGGGAAUCCCAAUGCUUUUGAAUCCAGUUCAAGGAGGACAGAACAGGAGAAAGGGAAGCACCCGAACCAUCUUGAGGAGUGUGUGGAGCAGACCCAAUCGACCCAGCCCCUAGAUCUCCAGUCAUCGCCAGGGAAUGGUGGGCACCACUUGGAUGGGCUUCCUCAGGGUCCUGUGGCUCAGCCGCCCCCACCUGCCCCCCAGCUCACCCCACCAGUCUCAGAACAAAAGCAGCAACCCUCUCACCAGAGCAGCAUCGCCAGUCUGGCUGGCAGUGGGGCAUCGGGCUCUUUGCCCCUUCAGAAGGCUUUCCAUUUGGCCAGCACCCCCCAGCUGGCGAGAAACUUCGACGUGAGCCAGUACAAGGAUCACCGGAUAGUGUCCCCAGAAACUGACAGUGGCUUUGUGGGAUCUGAAACCAGCAGGAUUUCUCCAUUAACCCAGACUCCAGAGCACCAACUUUCCCAUACCAGUGUGUCUUUUGGUACCAGUGACCCGAGGAGAUUACCCCAAUCAUCUACAGCAUGUCUACCCCAAGCUCCAUCCUCCCACCAUCCAGGAAGGGACAAGCCUGUUAUCAGAGUAUCCUCUGGGCUCAGCACAUCAGGGGCCCAGGCCCAGAGGUCGGACCCAAUGCCUAUCACUCCCCCAAAGAAGUGGACAAAAAGCUUCCACCACAAAAUGGGACCAGGUACAAAAAUGGCUCACUUGGACGGUGAGGGCCAUGAUAGGGCCCGUGAACAGCAUUCCCACGGCAGAGAAGAUGACCAGUCUCCUGCUGCCACCCCUUCUGAUGAAACUCCUCAAGAGGCAGCACAGCACCCACUCAGCAACCUCAUCUCCCGGGAAGUGAGAGACCAAGCUAUCCGGGCCCUGCAGCAAGAAGUGACCCGACUCCGAGAGAGGAUAGAGGCCAGCUUGAACAGCCCACCUCAGGACACCUCGAGUCAUAACUUCCAGCAAGCUACCAGGGCUCAGAGCAGGCUUGCAAAAGAGCCCUUGGCUUUGGGGAGCUGUUCCCACACCAGUAAAUCUGCAGAGAGAUACCAGAGUGACAGUGGAGAUACAACUCAAAACAAUAGCACAGUAAGGGUGCAGCUGAGAUCCUCCUCUGUGCCCUGGGAAGAGCCCCAACCAGCCCAAACCAUUCCAGCUUCAGAGUCAGAACAAUCUAUAUCCAGGAUCCAGGCUGAGGAGAGCAGAGGUGAGGAGCAGAGCCCCUCAGACAGAAUAAAAGGAGGAACCAAAGGGAAGCAAACAGACACAGUCUACUUUCGGGGCCUCUACACAGGUCACGAAUAUUCUGUCAAAUCUUCCCAGCGCUUCCAGGCAGACAAUAAUUCUCAUUCCUGCCCCCGCUGUCACUCAUUGAGGAAGAAACUUCCAGACAACACUCUCAGCAAGGAUCCAGAGGAACUUUUUCCUAGUGACAGCAUGAAGAAGACCCAGUGUCCAAUGUGUCACAGACCCAGGAAUCCCACAGAGAGGGACAAGGAACCCUCUGGGAUAGACAAGGGCACACAGAAGGGAGCACCUCUAAGUUCUGGCCCCGCUCGGAAAUCUGAGCAACGUCAGCAGCAGUCGACGUCGCCAUCGCUUCCUCAUCCUCCUGGAGUGUGGUAUCUAGCACCCCCACUCCCAGCUCCAGCGGGGGCAACCUUCGCUUAUGUCCCACCGGUUCCUGUUGUGCCUUAUUCACCCUCCACAUUGUACUAUUCCCCAGUAGCACCUACCUCAGCUUCCUCCCCUCUACAUUACUCCAGUGGUAAAAAACCUGCCAAGGUGAGACCUUUGUCUCAGAGCCACCGAACUCCAACUCCAAUUCCAGGCCACCGCUGCUUGUCUGAAAUGGAUCUUGUUGACCUGGAUGACCUCAGCCUGUCCUUGAGCCAAGCUGUGGAAGCAGCCAAAAACGUUGAGCUCACCACCAAGCAAAUGAGUCGGUCUUUGUCUGCUGACCUGCACAGAGCCCGAGGUCUAAGGGGAUCCUGCCUCUUUUGACAGGAACUGACUUAAAAGGGAAGUAAGAGGGCAGGACAUUUGACUUCUGUUUUAUCUAGCAUGGUAGACUUCUUGCAAGAGCAAACAAAUGUUCUGGAAAUACUGGGGGAAAACCCUUCAUUUGGAUGCUAAAUCAGCAGGAGACGACAAGCUUAUUUUUUUAAUUCUUUUUUUAAACAAGAGAACAACGUAUUUUUUCAAAUAUGGACUGACUUUUCAGUCCGAAGUCAGCCACCAGCUGUGUGACGCUGAGAAUGAACUAUGCUCUCUGUACACAAGAA